CAAAAUUUUGUUCCGGCUUUGAACCACGACAAACAAAACUCCAGAGGCCAAAGAUCAACAGAAACGACACAAUGAAGAUUGAAGAACUCGCCGACGACUUUGCCGACAAGGCACAAGUCUCCACGCCCGAAGAUGGCGCACAGCAGCCGGGGGGUCCUGAUCUUCUCACGCAGGCCAUGAACGCUUUCGCAGCCUCCUCUCCUACAUCUUCCUCGAAAGAUGGGACUACCCCCGACUUGCCGCCAGCCAUGGCCGCGCUGCGGGAUAAAUCAGGAGAAGAGAUCUUGGCGGACCUCAACAAGACGCCCUUAUUCAUGACCAGCCUCGAAGAGAACGACGAGCUCGAAGCCUUCAAGGCGUUGGCGUAUGAAGGCACGCCCCUCGAAGUAGCAUCUGGAUUCAAAGAGCGCGGGAACGAGUGUUUCAAAGAGAAGAACUGGAAGGAUGCGAAGGAGUUCUACGGGAAAGGGAUACAAGUGCUGCUGGCCGAGGUGCGCAAGCGGCAGAAAGGCGAACAAGGCGACGCCGAUGCGGAGGAAAUUAAGAAAGAGGUGGCGGUUCUGGAGGCGUGCUCAGUGAACCGCGCAGCGUGUCAUCUGGAGCUCAAGAAUUACAGGAGUUGUAUCAUGGAUUGCAGCAGCGCUUUAAAGAUCAAUGGGAAGAAUAUCAAGGCUUAUUACCGCUCGGCCAAAGCUUUACUGGCCUUGGACAAGAUUGCGGAGGCCGACGACGCGUGCGCAAGGGGACUAGCUCUCGAUCCCGAAAACAAGGCGUUAUUGGCCGUUGCGAAAGAUAUCAUCGCAAGGAAUGAGAAGGUGGCAGCGAGAAAACGGAAGGAGGCAGAGAUGGCAGUGAGGAAGAGACAAGAAGAGAUGACGCUGAGAGCAGCGCUCAAAGCCCGCAAUAUCAAAGUGCGAAAAACAGCCCAGCCGCCGGAAAUGGAAGAUGCGAAAAUCGAAUUAGUGCCGGACCCAAUCGAUCCUGCGUCGACCCUGUCCUUUCCCACAGUCUUGCUAUAUCCGUUAACUCUGGAAUCGGAUUUUAUCAAGGGGUUUAACGAAAUGCAGACAGUGGGGGAGCACCUAGCGUAUAUUUUGCCGGUGCCUUGGGAUAGGAAGGGAGAAUACACUCCGGCGGGUGUGGAGUGUUACAUGGAGACAAUCACGGGAGGGUUGAUUAAAGUGGGGAGGAAGGUCACGUUGUUGAAAGUGCUAAGUGAGAGCAAUGUGGAGGUUGUGGAUGAGGUAGUCAAGAUAUUUAUGGUUCCGAAGGCCAGCGCGGAAGCCUGGGUACAGGAGUUCAAGCGGAAGAAGGCUGCUGAGAAAUCUGGAUGAUCUACACCAGGAACUGAACCCGAUGGAAAAGAGCUGCUUUGGCCGCUUUCCAAAAUGACAAAUCUGUGAAGGAGGACUAAAAAGCUUAUGAAACAUCCAAACGGUACCAGUAUGACAAGAGCAAUUGGCAAGCAAAUUCCAGCCGACAGCCAGGGGCCCUGAGAACGAUCACGAUCAUGUGGUACAACGUGUAAGGCGGUCAACAAAUGAUCUGAGACCGAGGUAUUCGACACGGUUCGUAUGGUGGGGGCUGGAUUUUAGAGACAGCGAUGGUUGAAAACAUCGUAAAUAGAACCUAUGAAUACAUAGUUGCGUAUGCCC